UAAACUUUAUAUACGAUAUAUACGACGUAUGGAGGCCGAUCCAACAAGGCUAUACCUUUUGAGUGUGCUGUUUACCAAUGAUCAAGUCCUCACAAGUAAUGCAAAUGCACAUCUCAAAGAAGUUAUUUUGCGUCGAGAUGAAAGGUUGCUGAACCUUGCGCAAAUCUUGGAUUCUAGGAGUAAUUUGCCCAAUGCCACGCCCAUUGAUGUUAUCCAUGACGUCAUCCAGGACGAGGCCCAUGUCCUAUACACUAAGCUUUUCGAACGGUGCUCUCUAGAUGUGGCAAAAUCCCUUAGUAAGACUGAGCGCGAAGCCAACGACCUCGAGGACGAGAAAUCGCUUAUAUAUGGAGAAGUCGACUUUAAGUACUUUGCUCGCGUCAUUCGUAAGAUAAACCCAGGCAAAGGAACUAAAUUUUAUGACCUCGGCAGUGGCUCUUCGAAGGCACUCUUCAUUGCGCGGCGAGCCAACAUGGAAACUCAGCUGCUUCGCGACUUUGACUGCUGUUGUGGUGUCGAGGUUCUUGCGGGUCUCCACACUGCCGCACACUCAGUUGCGAGUGAAUUCAGCGAAAAAAUUGCUCCGAUGCUGGACUUGAAUACAUCCCAGAGGGUCUACUUACAAUGCGCGUCAUUCUUGCAUGUAGACUGGUCCGAUGGAGACGUUGUUUUUGCAAACUCCACUUGCUUUGGGGAUGAGCUUAUGUUGGCUAUGACCAGACAGGCAGAAAGACUCAAGCCCGGCUCCAUCUUUAUUUCAUUUACAAAGCGUUUGAAUUCUAGCGCAUUCGACAUCCUUGAGAGGAAACGCUACUGCAUGAGCUGGGGUCCCGCAACUGUAUUUGUCCAAGUGCGCAAAACUCAUGAUGGGACCUCCAGCUUCAUGACCAGCCUUGUUGACAUAACUGGUGAUAGCUCAUACGAUGGUGAUAUCACGGAAGCAUGUGAAAUCAACAUGGCCAAAGGCUGUGUAUCUGCAAUAAUAUCGCCACCCACUAGCUUAUAUCAUGAUGUUGAUUUAGUAGAUUUCCCCCGCCUUCGUACGCUCGCCAGCUAGUGCGCAUCACAGCUUUUUUCUUCGUCCAAGUGACAAAUAGUAUUCUGCGACAUCGAAGUCGAUUCCCAGUUCAGCUGGAUCGAGGGCCGGCGUAGAUGCAAAGGGAAACUCAAGGGAGAAUAGCAAGCAAGCCCAAAUCAAAGCAAACAAGGGACGCAGGGAUGUUGGCUUUUCCGGUCCGCAAGUAGGACCGAGCGUCCGCAAGCAGCCGACGUCACUCCUCCCCACCGGGACGACCGUGAACGGAGCCUGCCUUCCUGAAACAGGGUCCGACGAGUCGGGCUGCAGGUGGGGUGGGCCCUAACCAAGCUCAUCCAAACUGUCUCUACCCGGCAUUAUCUGAGCGACCAGAACUAAACUCGGCAAUGCUCG